AUAUUUUUUGUUUGUUUGUUUUGAGAGGAAACGAGGGUUAGUUGUAGAAUGAAAAGAGAGGGUAUUCUGGAUAUGGAAAUUUCAUUUAUCUCCGCCAAGUUCCAGCAGUUAUAUAUUUUUCUACAAGUACCCUUUUCUUUGUUUUUCUAUCAACUUAGCCAAUGCUUGCUCACUUUCACUCAUUCCCCUAAUCACUGCAAACAGGAUCUCUUCUUCUUCUCCGAUCACCGGUGUCUGCUCAGCGCCAUAUUUUGAUCGGAUAAGUUACGGUUCCAACGUUAUAUCUCUGUCUGAAUUGCUUUUUUCCUCUCUUUUUUUUUUAAUUUUAUUUCCCAAAAAAUGGCGUCUGAGGAUGUGAAAAGAAGCGAGUCUGCGGUCUCGACGAUCGUGAAUCUGGCGGAAGAAGCGAAGAUAGCUAGCGAAGGAGUUAAGGUGCCGAGCCAUGCGUUGCUUAGUAUUUGCAAGUCUCUUGUUGCUGGUGGUGUCGCCGGUGGAGUGUCACGUAGUGCUGUUGCUCCCCUAGAAAGAUUAAAAAUUUUACUUCAGGUUCAGAAUCCUCAUAGUAUAAAAUACAAUGGAACAAUCCAGGGUUUGAAAUACAUAUGGAGAACUGAGGGUUUCAGGGGAAUGUUUAAAGGAAAUGGUACUAAUUGUGCUCGCAUCAUUCCUAACUCAGCAGUGAAGUUUUUCAGCUACGAAGAAGCCUCUAAGGGGAUUUUAUACCUAUAUCGGCAGCAAUCAGGAAAUGAGGAUGCACAAUUCACUCCACUUCUACGCCUUGGAGCUGGUGCAUGUGCUGGAAUCAUUGCCAUGUCAGCAACUUAUCCAAUGGAUAUGGUACGAGGUCGUCUAACAGUUCAGACUGAGAAGUCGCCUCGCCAAUAUAGAGGAAUCUUUCAUGCUCUUUUAACAGUAUUAAGGGAAGAAGGACCCCGUGCAUUGUACAAAGGCUGGUUACCAUCUGUAAUAGGAGUUGUACCUUACGUCGGUCUUAAUUUUGCUGUUUAUGAAUCUCUGAAAGAUUGGCUGAUCAAAAGGAAACCCCUUGGGCUAGUUGAGGACUCUGAACUGGGUGUCACAACAAGGCUUGCAUGUGGAGCUGCUGCUGGAACCAUUGGCCAGACGGUUGCUUACCCUCUUGAUGUCAUUCGACGCAGAAUGCAGAUGGUGGGCUGGAAGGAUGCUGCUUCAGUUGUCACCGGUGAUGGGAAGAACAAGGCCCCCAUUGAAUAUAAUGGUAUGGUUGAUACAUUCAGGAAAACAGUGCGCUAUGAAGGUUUUGGAGCAUUAUACAAGGGUUUGGUUCCGAAUUCAGUGAAGGUGGUUCCAUCUAUAGCAAUUGCAUUUGUCACGUACGAGUUGGUGAAGGAUGUACUUGGAGUUGAGUUAAGGAUAUCUGACUGAAGGAACUCCCAAGAGCUUGGUCAAUCUUUUGUGUUCAUUUUGAUGAGCAAGAAUUAUUUUGCUUUUAAAGGAAAGGUAGGAGGAUAUUUAGAGCUCACUUUUAGUAUUUUUUUAAUGUCUUCCUUAUAGCUAUUGUCUUCUUUGCUCUUAGGUUUUCAGUUUUCAUAUUCAUAUAUGCUUUUGCCAAUAAGUAUUUUUUGGGAGGUUAUCAGAAAAUAGUAUAUUCAUUAGGAAA